AUGUUCGCAAGGCCGUCCGACGCAUCGGGCGGCCACGGCGUUUCGGUUGAUGGCGUCGUCGGCGGCUCGCCGCUCAAUGUCGCGCUUGGCCUGUCGCGGAUGGGCACAGCGGCGGGCCUGUUCACACGGAUUUCCACGGACCUGCUCGGUCGUCGCCUGCGUGGCUUCAUGGCCGACAAUGGCGUGUCGGACCGCUACUGCGUCGAAACCGACAAUCUGACGACGGUGGCGCUGGUCGAAACCGGCCCCGACGGCCAUCCGCGCUAUUCCAUCUACUGCAACGGCACCGCCGACUGCUCGAUGGAACCCUCGGAUAUCCCAGAUCAGCUCGGCGACGGUGUCGAUGUGAUCCACCUUGGGUCUUUCGCGACGGUGUUCGAGCCGACCGGAAACACGCUGCGCACGCUGGCCCGGCGCGAGGCGGAUGCCCGCUUCAUCUCGUUCGACCCCAACGUCCGCACCAUGGUUGUCGCCGACCUUGACCUGUGGCGGCAGCGAAUCGGCGAAAUGCUGCCGCUCGCCGGCCUGGUCAAGGCAAGCGACGAGGAUGUCGGGCUUUUAUGGCCCGGCAAGCCGCUCGAAUGGUUCAUCGAACAGGCACUGGUUGCCGGCGCGGAUCUCGCCUUCGUCACACGCGGGCCCAAUGGCGCGAUUGCGGGAUCGGCCGACGGACGGCUGACGCACGUGCCGGGCAUUGCCGUCGAUGUCGUCGACACUGUCGGCGCCGGCGACACCUUCAUGGCGGCGUGCCUGCAUUCCCUGAAGGCGAACGAUCUCGUGGGAGCCGGCAAGGCGCGCAAUGCCGAUAUCGCCGAAGUGGCCGGCUUCGCCGUCAGGGCCUCGGCGCUGACCUGCACCCGGCGCGGGGCCGACCUGCCGACGCUUGCGGAGAUUGAGGCAUUCGCCGGCUGA